CCCAGCGAGUCCCACAAUGAAAACAGGAAGUCAGGCAGUCGGUGUGAGUGAGAAGUCCGCAGCACCUCGGUUAGCUAAGAUAAGCUUAGCUCACUAACUCACAGUUUAAUAAAACAAUAUGUCCUUCAAAAGAGAAGGCGAUGACCAGAGCCAGCUAAAUGUCCUAAAGAAACGGCGUGUUGCAGAUUUACUCUCCAACUUCAUACCCGAAGACGAGGCCACUCUGAUGAAGAAUGGAAGGUAUAGCUGUUUAGUCUGUUCACAUCGUCCAGUGUUUGAUACUGUGGAUAUGCUGAGUGUACACAGGAAAGGAAAGCGCCAUCUUGAAGGUCUAAAAUGGUUUUAUGGCAAAAAAUCGCGAUUACAGAACGAAAUUGAUAAAAGGCGACAUCAGGAAUAUGUUAAUAAGGAAGACGACCAGCAGGAAGCUGGAAGCUCAGCACCUUUACUCACACAGACACGGAAAAUUACCCACCAUGCCUUACUAAGAUCUUCUCCUUACAGCAGCUGCCAUAAAAAGGCCAGUGAAAGAUCAGAGAACGUUACAUCAAAAAGCUGUCUUCCAGAGAGCUACAUAUCUACUGCAACAAGCAGCAUAAACACAGAACACAAACCUGCUGGAGAAACAAAUCCGGAUCAGUGCCAGAGUGGAAAACAGAUGAAUAAAAAGAAGGGCUGUAAGGCUCCCAGUGUACCCGAGUCAGAACCUCUGACUGAGCAGAGGCGCAGAGAACUAGAACACUACCUCAAAUUAAAGAGUGCCGGAUGGUUGCAGGACCCAAGUGGUAAAUGGGUAAAGGAUGAAAAUGUGGAGUUUGAUUCAGAUGAGGAAGAACCGCUCCCAAUACCACCCUCUAGUGAAACUACCUAGAUGUCACCAGGAAGCUACUUCAGGAGAACCCUAAUGCUCUUUGCCCAAGACAUAUCCCUGCCUCCCCAAAAUAACCUCGCAUCUGUAUUAAACUAGGAAAAGGCUAGGAAAAGCAGGACUUAAGAAAUUUCUGUCCACUGAGGGAGCUAAUUGAUGUGACUGUUGGAUUGACCAAAUGGAUUAUUUUGCCAUUAAAAGGGAGAGUAGAAAAUGUGUACUCAAAGCCCAAAUUUGGAUUAUCAGAUCGCUGUUUUUGCCCCUGCAUUGUCCUGCAGCAGUAGACUUGUUUUGAGAGUAUGUCCUUGUGGUCUGAGAGAGAUCACAGAUGUAAAAACAGAAUCAUAUAUGACAUGAGAGCUCUUAAAUCACCGCUCUGGAUCCUGUGCCAAAUACCACAGUGCAGUGUGCAUCAUACAGGGCCACUGCUGACGGCCUGUUGUUUGUAAUAAAUCAAACAAAUCACACCACUACACUAAUUAAUUAGUCUCCAUUCUUAAAAUCAGGAUCUUCUUCCAGUUCAGCCUCUGGAUAUUAUGUUAUAUAUGAAUAAAAUGUGAAGAUAUAGCUGUAUACAUAGCCACAGCUCUCUAAAAAGUCUUGAGAGGUUAGCAGCUGUUUCAAAUAUGAAACAUAAAUCUUCUGUUAACCCUGCACCCCCUUUCCCUUCCUGACCUGGUGCUAAGUUCUAUUUGGAGCUCUGUAACUCAAUCCCAGGGGACUGGCUUUCAUAUCACCCAGUCUGUAGGCAUAAAUAGGCAGGUGGCAGAGGAUCAGGAAGAGCUAUGGCUGGGAAUUGAAUAGUUCCGACUGGGCUGAGCCCAAAGGGCUCAACAGUAACAAGUUCUGUCUUCACAAUGAACUUGUCACACAUGGAUUCAUCACAAUAAACAGAGCAGGGGCUGUUUAACACUGAGGAAUGUGCUUGUACUGUCAACCACGUGACCGUACUGAAGUUUCAAACAAUUCUGUAAUUAUUACCCUAAUCUAUGUAAUUGAAAACAUGGAUUUCCAACAUUCUGCUUAUAGCAGUAAUCUGUUUAUUGCUGCUAAGUAGCAUAUUAUAUUGUGUACAAGUCCAACCUUUAAUGAAUAAAUGAUAAAACAUUGCA